GUCCCCGUUCUGCUCGCCGCGCUCGCAGCCUCUCGCCAUGAAGGUCGCCGCUGUCGCUUCUUCGCCGCUGCCCGCGGGCGCCGGCGGCCCGCUGAAGGCGGUGCGGCCCGGGGAAGCCGCCCGCUGCGGGCCGGGCCCGGGUGUGUCCCCGGUGGUGGCGGAGCAGGCGGCCGCCGCGCUGCUGUACGAUAUGAAGGGCUGCUACUCGCGGCUCCGGGCGCUGGUCCCGACGCUGCCGCGGCACCGGCGAGUCUCCAAGGUGGAGCUGCUGCAGCACGUUAUCGACUACAUCUGGGACCUGCAGCUGGAGCUGCAGUGCGGCCCCCCCCGCCCCGCCGCUGCUGGGGACUCCCCCGAGGCUCCGUGCAUUCCCGCUGCCGAUCGGAUCCUCUGCCGCUGAGACCGCUCUGGACCGCACCAUGGACGUCAUCCCCAGGAUCCCGGUCCCACCAUGGAUAUCAUCCCCGGGAUCCCGGUCCCACCACGGACAUCGUCCCCGGGACCCCAUCUCUGAGCACCGCUGCUCACCCGCAUCCCUGACUCCCCAGCGGGGCUGCCCUUGGGGUCCCCCCGCAGCCUGGGCAGGGGGUGCUGUGGGCCGGAUCCUUCCUUCUCAGAUUGCUGAGAGCAUUCCCCGUAUUGUAUAUUACAAUGAUGCUGGAGAAUAUUGUUCUACAAUAGCUGGAGUUUUGUUAUUAAACAAGCCCUGAUGACCACA